AUUCCGAGUCAAACUGAGACAUGCGUACUUAUCCUGCUGAGGGUCUCCUCGUGUUUCAGUGCGCGCUGCACCCGGGGACAAUGUGCCAUAACGCUUAGAGAGAGAGAGAGAGAGAGAGAGAGAGAGAGAGAGAGAGAGAGAGAGAGAGAGAGAGAGAUAGGGGCCGUUUAAAGAGUGCCAUGCCUUGUAGGUAAGCAGAUGUAAACAUAGGCUGUCUAUAUAGAGUAGGGGAAGCCAAGAACCGUCAGCUGGACAACCUGAACAGGUGGCGCAUCUCAGGACAUGCGCGUCAAAGCGGCCAGACUAACAGCUUGCCUCUUUUCUUAAUCUGCUGCUGACGAAAGCUUUUCAGACCCCUCUCCGACCGAGCUCACAGAUCCUCCUCAGUCUCAAACUUGCUCUUCUGUGGAGGUCUCCUUCUCUACUCGGCUUCUUCAGCUUUUCUGAAACUCUUGGAUGCUCUCGAGGAUGAGUCUGCUCCAACUGUCUUCUUGGACUUCAUAGUGCUGCUGGACGUUGGACGUUUCUAUCCGUCAUCUUCCUUUCCACGUGUUUAAAGCGUUAAUAAACAAGAAGAAGAAAAAGAAGAAGAAUAAGAAGACAUGUUUCCUGAAAUCAACAGCAAGGCAGCCAGACCGGAGGCUUUCCCUCACCCACAGAGGUUGCAGGCUGAGAGCACACGCCUGGGAACCAACCGCAACUAUUCACAGAAGUGCGGCACAGAGACUGGCACCUUACCUCAGCUCGACCCGCCAGUUAAACCGGUGGUGGUGCCCAAUGGCAAACUGCUUCACCAGUCAGAUGGCAUCUUACCCAACAUUGUCAAACAGCUGGUGCAGAAUGUCCAACAAAGUCAAGAGGAGAGGGAGAGGCCGAGGCCUCAAUUCCCGGCUCGUUUCGGCUCCUCAGUGGACAAUAUCUCCGAGUCUUUGACCAGAAGUAUCAUCAACAAGUUUGAGAAGAUCAGAACGUAUGAGGGACAGAGGCUGCCCAUGUCUCCAACAGCUGCGCUGAAGCACUUUCAGAGCCAGCUCACGGAGUACGAGCAGGAGGAGAUUAUGGACUACUCUGAGAUCUGGUAUCUGGGCUUAGACACCAAGAAGAUCGAGGGCUGCCAGGGAUCUCCGCAGAAUUCUGGCUAUGAUGAUGAGCAUGGCAGCUACCUUAAGGUCCUGCAUGACCACAUUGCUUACCGCUACGAGGUUCUGGAGGUGAUUGGGAAGGGAUCCUUCGGGCAAGUCCUCAAAUGCCUGGAUCACAAAACAAACGAAAUGGUGGCCAUCAAGAUCAUUCGCAACAAGAAAAGGUUCCAUCAGCAGGCUCUGGUAGAGCUGAAGAUCCUGGAUGCAGUGCGGAGGAAAGACCGGGACAGCUGCCACAACGUCAUCCACAUGAAGGAGUAUUUCUACUUCCGUAACCACCUCUGCAUCUCCUUCGAGCUUCUGGGAGCAAACCUGUAUGAACUGAUCAAGAAGAACAACUUCCAAGGCUUCAGCCUGGCCCUGAUCCGCCGCUUCGCCCACUCUCUCCUCAAGUGCCUUCAGAUGCUGCACAGGGAAAAGAUCAUCCACUGCGACCUAAAACCGGAGAACAUUCUACUGUCUCAGCGAGGGCAGGGAAAUAUCAAGGUGGUCGACUUCGGGUCAAGCUGUUACGAGCAGCAGAGAGUGUACACAUACAUCCAGAGUCGUUUCUACCGCUCUCCUGAAGUGAUCCUGGGACACCCGUACAGCAUGGCCAUAGACAUGUGGAGCCUGGGCUGCAUCCUGGCUGAGCUCUACACUGGUUACCCUCUGUUUCCUGGAGAGAGUGAGGUGGAGCAGAUUGCCUGUAUCAUGGAGGUGAUGGGCAUGCCUCCCAAUGACUUUGUUCAGACUGCAUCCAGAAGAAGGCUAUUUUUUGAUUCAAAAGGAAACCCACGGAACGUCACUAACAGCAAGGGGAAGAAACGCAGACCCAACUCUAAGGAACUUGCCAGCGUACUGAAGACCAACGAUCCACUGUUUCUGGACUUUAUAAGGCGCUGCCUUGUAUGGGACCCAACAAAGCGCAUGACUCCGGACGAGGGCAUGCAGCAUGAGUGGAUCACCGAGGGCCGUCUCACCAGGCUCCGCCCUAAAACUCGACCAGUCAGAAAACCUGGAGACAGUGACAACUACGAGUACACUUUCCGCAGAUCAAGCACCAACAGGACUGUGGAGAAGUCCAGCUCAGAGGACAAACUGAAAAGGCAGAACUCUGUCAAAGACAGCAAGAUAGACACAGCAGAACGCCUGCGGCCCAUCGGAGCGUCUGCUGAGGAGGAGGCCUGCGAAGGAGUCGACACGAACACGUCCAGUAAAGACAGCAGAGACAGCAAACCAGAAAGCCAACAGUACAGCACGACUGACACCGGGGAGCGCUCUGUAGAAAUCAUCAUUAAACCUCAGUCUGAGUCCCAGUCAAGCACAGACUCUGAGGGACAGGAGAUCCACUCUCUGCCCCCCAUCAUUUAACAGGCUGAAUGAAGGGAUGAGAGGAUGACGUCACACAGUCCAGGCUUUGGUCAGAUGGCACUGGUCAGUUGGGACUAUCUUGGCUGGUGGCACUAAUGCAGUCUGAAGCUGUGUUUGAGCAAUGCAGGUUUUGUGAGAAAUGGUGACUUUAUGUACUUUAUAUUUAUAAGUGCAUGAAAUCUGCAUUACUCAAACUCAUCCUAAAGAUACUGCGUGUUUGCAAGGUCAAAAGAUUUAAGGAAAGGAUUGACAAAAACGGAAUUAACACAAAUUUUCAUUUUGGUUAGAUUUAGUUGAUCAGCUGAGACAGGACAGGUUUGAUGUUUAAAUUUUGUUUCUAUAGUUUUUGCUGGACCCACAAGGUAAAUUUGCUAACAAACACUAGAAACCAAUAGGACAGGUUUGAUGUUUAAAUUUUGUUUCUAUAGUUUUUGCUGGACCCACAAGGUAAAUUUGCUAACAAACACUAGAAACCAAUAGGACAGGUUUGAUGUUUAAAUUUUGUUUCUAUAGUUUUUGCUGGACCCACAAGGUAAAUUUGCUAACAAACACUAGAAACCAAUAGCCACCUAAAGUGUUUACCGUAUUUUUCACACACUAUAAGGUGCACCGGAAUAUAAAAAGCACUGUCAAUGAACAUUUAUUUUCUGGUUUAUUUUUUAAUACAUAAGGUGCUCCCGAUUAUAAGGCUCAUUAUGCAACUAUAAGGAACAGGGUUGUGGCCAUGUUUCCCUGCUAAUUUAGCAGGUCUCGCCGCUGAGUGGUGGUGGGGGGAUAGCUAAGUUAAGUAAAGCUAAGCUAAGUAAACAAAACUGUAAUUCUUAAAAAAAACAUUUGAGCAAAUUGAGCGUUGGAUGUUAAUCUACACAAAUUUCUCUCCUGAAACUGUUUAUUUGGGUGAGUUAAGCACUUCUGUUUAUUUAAAGUAAGCUUAGAGUUCCAGAUGUUCACUAAGGCUGUGUCCAGCAGCAUUAGCAGCUAACAGUAAAUGCCGCCCGGCAGUGCUACACUGAGAAACCUUGAGUGUUCCGGUUAGCCAUGGCGAUAUUAGCUAGCAAAAAACACUGAAAAAUAUGUGGGCCAUAAUUAAAAAUAAGGAUGUGAUUUCAGCAGGUUAAGGAAAGUGUUUAAAUGUUUUUACAUACAGAAUUUUGUUUUACUAUUGACUUCCACUUUUAGCAACAUUAGCCUCGUAUCUCCAGAUUAAAAAUAAAGACACAAAAUUUAGACAUCAAGCAUGUAUUGGCUGAUUUACAACAUCUGUGUUCAUUGGGAAAUUGUGUAAAUUAGAUAUAGUCUUUUUUUAAACCAUUCAUUUAUUGUUAGCUUCUAGCAUUUGUUUCUUAUCUGCCACUAAUUUGUAUGUUCUUUUUUUGUAUUUCUUUACAGUACAGCAUAAAUGCCAGUUUCCCUACGCGAAAUUAAGAAUAAUUAUCGCGGACUCUGAAGUGGUUUCACCACUGGCACUUCAAUUUAGUCCAAGACUAGGCUUAAUCCAUGUUUGGGAAACUGGCCAUAUAUGUUUAAACUUAGUCAAAUAGGACAUAAAGGGUUCUUCAGCACUAGAUAAGCACAUUUUUAGGAUAAUGCAUUUUUUUGGUGCUUGUUAUACUUUACAUAACACCUGUACCUGUACAGUAGGUCGCAGUUUCGUUUAAUGAAUCAAAUACAGUAUAUAUAUAUAUAUAUAUUUAUAUAUAUAUAUAUAUAUAUAUAUAUAUAUAUAUAUAUAUAUAUAUAUAUUGCUCUUACUCAGUAUUAUACAGUAUUCUCAUAGUAAUAUCUCCAGGUUCUGUUGCAGUUCUCAUACAGAAGUAGCCAUGGUUUAAAUAUGAUUUUUACAAAACUUUUACACUACUUUUAAUAGAGUUUAAGAUGAAAACCAAAGCAACUGUAAUGUGCAAUAUUUCUGCAUGGUUUAAAACAGUGUUUGUAUGUUUUGUUACACACAUUUUUUAUUAUUAUUAUUUUAAGUUCAGUUUUGCUGUAAGAUGGAAAUCUAUAUGAGCUAGGGUAGUGCAAUGAGUCUGAGCCAAAGAGAUUUUUUUUGUUUUGUUGUUGCUAUUAGUGAAAAUGUUGGUCGUUGGGUGUUUCUAUGGACUAGAUGGACUAUUAUGAGAUUCUGCUUGUUAGUUCAUGUUCAGUUAUCAUACCUGUCAUGAGGUGAAUCGGAUGUAAAAACACAAUUAUAUGCUGCCUAGAACCGGAUCUGGGCACACCUGAUAUACAGUGACACUAUGAUGUAAUAUUUGAUCUGAAUGUAACUGUGAUGAUGAUGCUUCUUUGCAACAUUUAUACAGAAAAGACACAUUGUUUUGACAUUAUUGAUGAUGGUAUAAAGUGUGAAUGAUGGUUAUGACAUGAAACGUGUGAUGUACUGAAGGUUGUGACACUGAGAAUGAUUAAUAACCGUGCACUGGAAGCAACGUGUACAAUGUAUCAUUUAGUUUAGUACUAAGGUACUUUGAUACUAAUAUGUUAACAUGUGGAUAUGUUAUUUUUUUCCUGUAUAUACAAUUCUUACAUUAUUUGCCAUGCACUAGAAGUGUAUGCUGUCAGUUGAUGUAAAAUUAGACAAGGUUUUACUUGUUCAUGUAUUGUUAAUGUAUUAUGAAUGAAAGAGAAGGUUUUUACAACCAUCACUUCAACGUCUCUUUCACUUACUGUUGAGUUUUGUAGCAUCAAAGGCAAUCGCUGGACAACCUUUGUGUUUUUGCUUCUUUAUGUCUGUGUGUUUUUUGGGUGUUUUACUAAAGCCAACCACUGCCAGUAGUAAAUCCCAAGUUUUAUAGAAUUUUUUGCAAAAACUUGCAGAGAUACUCUAUGUGUGAAAACAAACACAAAUUUAGCCUAAGAUAAUCAUGAUCAACUUAACCGAUUUUCUCCAAGAUUCUCUUUUUUU